UGUAUGCUGGGGAGGCGGAGUCGUUCUCCUGUUACCGUCAUCUUUGUUUUUUCCCUGUGGCACCGCGGGCCGAGGGGUGUGGAGAGUAUGGAGGGGUUACUGGCCUUAACCCGCUCCUUCUCGAGGAGGCUGUACUCUCUCAAAGUUGCUCCUAAAGUUCAAGCUUCUGCCACCAAAGAGCAAGCAAAAUUGCAUCUACAGCCUCAGGAUCUUGAGAUCACAAAAUUGCCAAAUGGUUUAAUUAUUGCCUCCUUGGAAAACUAUUCUCCAGUUUCAAGAAUUGGUGUAUUUAUUAAAGCAGGCAGCAGAAAUGAAACCCCCAGUAAUUUGGGAACUGUACAUUUGCUCCGUCUUGCAUCAAACUUGACUACUAAAGGAGCCUCUUCUUUCAAGAUUACUCGUGGCAUUGAAGCUAUUGGAGGUAGCCUCAGUGUGAUCUCUACGAGAGAGAACAUGAUAUAUUCUGUUGACUGCCUGCGUGAUGAUGUUGAUACAGUAAUGGAGUAUCUAAUUAAUGUUACUACAGCUCCUGAGUUCAGGCCUUGGGAAGUAACCGCGCUCCAACCGCAAUUAAAGAUUGAUAAGACAAUUGCCUUUCAGAAUCUGCAAGUUGGUGUUCUUGAAAACUUACAUGCUGUAGCUUAUCGGAAUGCUCUUGCAAAUUCCAUGUAUUGUCCAGAUUAUGCAGUUGGGAAAAUCACACCUGAACAGCUUCACCACUUUGUACAGAACAACUUCACAAGUGCACGGAUGGCUCUAGUGGGAAUAGGUGUAAGCCAGUCUGACCUAAAACAGGUUGGAGAGCAAUUUCUAAAUAUCAGGGGUGGAGCUGGUUCUUCUCGAGCUAAGGCACAAUAUCGUGGAGGUGAAAUCCGAGAACAAAGCGGCAAUAGCCUUGUCCAUGCUGCUGUAGUGGCAGAAGGAGCUGUUCUUGGGAGUGAAGAAGCAAAUGCUUUUACUGUCCUUCAGCAUGUCCUAGAUCCAGGGCCUCUUAUCAAAAGGGGAAGCAAUAUUACCAGCAAACUAUUCCAAGCAGUUGCUAAAGCAACUAACUUACCAUUUGAUGCUUCAUCAUUUAACGUUAAUUACUCCGAUACUGGACUCUUUGGGAUUUAUGUCAUAUCUCAAGCUUCGGCAGCUGGAGAGGUCAUAAAGGCUGCAAUGGAUCAAGUAAAGGCAAUUGCUCAGGGAAACAUCACAGAGGAAGAUGUCCAAAGGGCUAAAAACCAGGCAAAAGCCACAUAUUUGUUGUCACUUGAGACCACAGAUGGGUUGCUGAAUGAAAUCGGCUUGGAGGCAUUGGUAUUUGGUACGCACACAUCCCCAGCUGGUGUAACUCAAAAGAUUGACUCUGUAGCCACUGCUGAUAUUGUGACUGCUGCAAAGAAGUUUGUUAAUGGGAAGAAAUCAAUGGCAGCUACUGGAGAUUUGGGAAGUACCCCUUUUGUUGAUGAGUUGUAGAAUGAAACAGAAUUGGAAGGCAGAUUCCAAAUGGACCUCUACUAUCAGUCGGUUAUAUUCUAUAUCAACUACCAAACCUGUUAUAUAUGAAUUCGGAUGUCUCAAAACAUUAAUCUGAUUACUUGUGGGCUUGCACAUAUUGAAUUAAAUGCUGAAUUCAUACA